ACUAUUCAUUAGAUAAAAGUAAAGUUGGAAUUUAUCCCCUUUACAAAAAUCGUGCCUAUCGAUAUACUUUUCCAAAUAUGAAACUUUUUUCCAUUGUUUGAAAUGUGAGUCUAAAUGUGCUGUAAAGUUUAAUUAUUAGCAGUGUUUAUUGUUUAAUGACUGAUUGUAUAUGUAUCGCUUUCAGAGAACCAUUCAGGGUUACAAUUUAAUCUCAAAAUGUAGCAGUCUGAGAUGCAUAAGACUACUCAUCAGAAACAUUAAUUCGUAUACCGGUACUCCAAAGAGCAAGUACGAUGCUGUUAUAAUUGGGGGAGGACAUAAUGGGCUGGUAGCGGCUGCCUUCUUGGCCCGCAGCGGACGACAGGUGUGCGUUCUCGAGCGUCGCCAUGUUGUCGGCGGGGCAGCUGUCACCGAGCAAAUAAUCCCUGGAUUCCAGUUCUCGCGAGCGUCCUAUGUGCUCAGCUUGCUCAGACCUGAGAUCAUCCAUGAACUAGAUCUUAAGAAACAUGGGUUGAAACUUCAUUUUCGUAACCCAGGCUCGUAUACUCCACUGAGACAACAUUAUUGGCAAUCACCCAAAAAUGGCAGAUCGCUCAAACUUGGCUCAAAUGAUGAGGAAAACCAAAGACAAAUUGCACAAUUCUCUCAGAAAGAUGCCCAGAAUUUUUUGCACUACGAACGAUUAUUGUUCAAAUUGGUGAAAUCAAUAAGUCCUCUAAUGGAUCUCUCAACACAUACAUUAAUGGAGGAGUUUUUCAACAGAAACGCUUUUCGGAAAAUUCUCAACCUCUUUACAAACAAGGACCUCAGGAAUGCUGCUUUGGCGCUAUCGACAAUGAGAAGUGAAACCAGAGACUUGUACAUUUUCCUGACGACAUCAAUAUCAUCAAUAUUGGACGAGUGGUUCGAGUCAGAGCCCCUCAAGGCGACUCUAGCCACUGAUGCGCUCAUUGGUACAAUGGCUGAUUGCAAUUCCUUAUGCACGGGUUACGGUCUGCUUCACCACAUGAUGGGUAACAUUGAUGGACGUCUAGGAGCAUGGGCCUAUCCUGAGGGAGGAAUGGGUGCAGUCACUCAAUCUAUUGCCAAAUCAGCAAUUUCCAGUGGAGCUGAAAUUUAUGUCAAUAAGUGCGUGAAAAGCAUAGUACUGGAUGGCAGCAAACAUGUUAAAUCUGUUGAGACCAGCGAUGGACUCGAAAUCGAGACCAAGCUGUUGCUUUCCAAUGCGACUCCUCUGGUGACCGUCAAUCUUCUCCCUGAAAAUGCUCUCACCAACCAAUACAAACGCACAAUUCAACGCAUCGAUUACACUUCACCUGUCACAAAAAUAAAUGUUGCCUUGAGUCGAAUUCCAGAUUUCGAAGCUGAUCCAUCAACAACAUCCAGCGGUGAAAUGCCACACCACCAGGCAACAAUACAUUUGAAUUGUGAGACUACGUCCCUUCUUAAUGGAGCUUAUCAAGACGGAAUUAAUGGAAAUCUGCCAUCAAGACCAAUGAUUGAAAUGGUAAUCCCAAGCAGUUUGGACAAAACAAUUGCUCCUCCAGGAGCUCACGUUUGUCUCCUAUUCACUCAGUUCACGCCCUACAAACUAGCUGGAAAAACGUGGACCAAUCAAGUAAAACAAGAGUAUGCAAACAUUGUAUUUGAUUCAAUAGAAGACUAUGCUCCUGGUUUCAAAUCCAGUAUUGUUGGGAAAGAAGUCCUCUCACCUCCUGAUCUGGAAGAAGUGUUUGGACUGACGGGAGGGAACAUUUUCCACGGAUCCAUGAGUUUGGAUCAAAUAUUGCUGAACCGUCCAGCCAGCUACGGAUGUGACCGAUAUGGUCCAGAGACCGCCGUCGGAGGACUCUUGUUGUGCGGAUCUGGAGUGCAUCCCGGAGGGGGGGUUACUGGAAUACCUGGAAAACUGGCAGCUUUACAUGCCAUUAGAAGUAAAACAACUACAUAAAAACUAGUAUUAAAAAUGAAUUCAUUAUAGGUGUACUCUCUGUUCUUUUGCCUCAUAGCUAUUCCAAUAGAUAUUCCUUUGAUGGUAUUUUCAUUCCCUACCUCUUCUAAAAAUAUCCUCUUCCUC